AUGUCAGCAAGUACAGAAGCAAGCACAAUCGCCGAAUAUUUUAAACGAAAAUCAAUAUUUAUUACUGGUGCAACUGGAUUUAUUGGAAAACAAUUAGUUGAAAAACUUGUUCGAUCAUGUCCAGAUUUUGAACACAUUUAUCUUCUUGUUCGACCAAAACGAGGACGUAAUGUAAAUGAUCGAUUAAAAGAAUUAUUUGAAAGUCCUUUAUUUACUACUGCACGAACUGUUAAUCCAGAUUUUGAAAAAAAAAUAACUGCUUUACAAGGUGAUAUACUUGAUCCAAAUCUUGGUCUUAAUUCAACAGAUGAAUAUACAUUAAUUGAAAAUUGUCAAAUUGUUUUUCAUUCUGCAGCAACUGUUCGUUUUCAUGAACCACUUCGGCUAGCCGUUCAAAUGAAUGUUGCAGCAGUUGUAAAAGUGCUUGCUUUGUGUCAUAAAAUGAAAAAAUUACAAUCUGUGGUUCAUGUAUCAACAGCUUAUGCUAAUUGUAAUCGUAAUAAUGUUGCUGAAAUGAUUUAUCCACCACCUAUUCAACCAUCAAAAUUAUUAGAUGCUAGUGAAUGGAUGGAUGAUCAAGUAUUAGAUGCUUUAACAAAUAAAAUAAUUAAUGAUAGACCUAAUACAUAUACAUUUACAAAAGCACUUGCUGAAUAUGUUAUAUCACAAGACGCAAAAGAUCUUCCAUUAGCUAUUAUACGUCCAUCGAUUGUUGGUUGUACGUGGCAUGAACCUAUACCAGUAGAUUUUAUUCGAAACUAA